GAAUGCCGCUCUCAGGGGCACAUAGAGGAGAGAAAAGUGAUCAAGACAGGAGUGGACAGAAGAAUAAGCGAGACAUGUACUCGACCCAACAGUCCUCUGCCCUCGCUCCGGAAGAGCGCUACCGCCGCUCCGGCCGGGCUCCAGAGCCGGUCCUGAGAGGUAAUGAUAACUUGGGUGAUGGCUGCUCUCAGAAGCUGGCGAUUGCGACGUACCUCCGUUUUCUCUUGCUGGUCCUGAUUCCAUGUAUCUGUGCUCUCAUCAUCCUGCUGGUGAUCCUACUUUCCUUUCUUGGAACAUUAAAAAAGCCCUAUUUUAAAUCAAAUGGGAGUGAACCAUUGGUCACUGAUGGUGAAGUCCAAAUUUCUGAUGUUAUUCUUAAAAAUUCAAAUGAUAAUAAGAGCACUAUGCCAUCUACUCCACACCCCGACCAACACAUUCCAGCUGGGACCACAGAUUCUUCUCUCUCAAGGGACCAAAGUCACAGAAACACAAGUGCCUGUAUGAACAUCACCCACAGCCAAUGUCAGAUGCUGCCCUACCACACCACGCUAACACCUUUCUUCUCAAUUGCCAUAAACACGGAAAUGGAGAAGUUCCUCAAGUUCUUCACAUACCUCCAUCGGCUCAGUUGCUAUCAACAUAUCAUGCUUUUUGGCUGUAGCCUGGCAUUCCCUAAGUGCAUCAGUGAUGGCAAUGACAGUCAUGGUCUCUUGCCCUGUAGAUCCUUCUGCGAGGCUGCAAAAGAGGGCUGUGAAUCAGUCCUUGGGAUGGUGAACUCCUCCUGGCCUGACUUCCUCAAAUGCUCCCAGUUCAGAAAUGAAACGGAAACCAGCGACGACAGGAGGAUUUGCUUCUCACCACAGCAGGAAAAAGGAAAGCAGUUGCUGUGCGGAGGAGGUGAGAGCUUUCUGUGUGCCAGUGGCAUCUGUGUCCCCAGGAAACUGCAGUGUAAUGGCUACAAUGACUGUGAUGACUGGAGCGAUGAGGCUCACUGCAACUGCAGUGAGAACCUGUUUCACUGUCACACAGGCAAGUGCCUUAAUUAUAGCCUUGUGUGUGAUGGCUAUGAUGACUGUGGAGACCUGAGCGAUGAGCAAAACUGUGAUUGCAAUCCCACAAAGGAGCAUCGCUGUGGAGAUGGGCGCUGCAUUGCCAUUGAGUGGGUGUGUGAUGGUGACCAUGACUGUGUGGAUAAAUCCGACGAGGCCAAUUGCUCCUGCCACAGCCAGGGUCUGGUGGAGUGCAGAAAUGGGCAGUGUAUCCCCAGCACUUUCCAAUGUGAUGGAGAUGAGGACUGUAAGGAUGGGAGUGACGAAGAGAACUGCAGUGACAGUGAGACUCCAUGUCAAGAAGGAGACCAGAGAUGCCUGUACAAUUCCUGCCUUGAUUCAUGUGGUGGUAGCUCCCUAUGUGACCUGAACAAUGGCCCAAAUAACUGUAGUCAAUGUGAACCUAUUACGCUGGAGCUCUGCAUGAAUUUGCCUUACAACCAUACAAAUUAUCCAAAUUACCUUGGCCACAGGACUCAGAAGGAAGCAUCCAUCAGCUGGGAGUCCUCUCUCUUCCCGGCACUUGUUCAAACCAACUGUUACAAAUACCUCAUGUUUUUUGCUUGUACCAUCUUGGUACCAAAGUGUGAUGUGAAUACAAGCCAACGUGUCCCCCCUUGCAGAGCACUGUGUGAGCACUCCAAAGAACGCUGUGAGUCUGUUCUUGGGAUUGUGGGCCUACAGUGGCCGGAAGACACAGAUUGCAAUCAAUUUCCAGAGGAAAAUUCAGAUAAUCAAACCUGCCUAAUGCCUGAUGAAGAUGUGGAAGAGUGCUCGCCUAGUCACUUCAAGUGCCGCUCUGGACGGUGUGUUCUGGCUUCCAGAAGAUGUGAUGGCCAAGCUGACUGUGAGGAUGACAGUGAUGAAGAAAACUGUGGCUGUAAAGAGAGAGAUCUUUGGGAAUGUCCGUCCAAUAAACAAUGCUUGAAGUACACAGUGAUCUGUGAUGGGUUUCCUGACUGCCCUGAUAACAUGGAUGAAAAAAACUGCUCAUUUUGCCAACGUGAUGAACUUGAAUGUGCAAAUCACGACUGUGUGUCACGUGGCCUGUGGUGCAAUGGCAAACCAGACUGUUCAGACAGUUCAGAUGAAUGGGACUGUGUGACCCUCUCUAAAAAUGUGAACUCCUCUUCAUUCCUGACUGUUCACAGAUCUGCCACAGAACACCACGUGUGUGCCGAUGGAUGGCAGGAGGCACUGAGUCAGCUGGCCUGCAAGCAGAUGGGUUUAGGAGAGCCAUCUGUGACAAAAUCGAUUCAAGAACAGGAGCAAGACCAGCAGUGGCUGACCUUACGCUCCAACUGGGAGAACCUCAAUGGGACCACUUUGCAUGAACUGCUGGUAAAAGGGCAGUCUUGUCAGAGCAGAAGUAUGAUUUCUCUUCUGUGUACUAAACAAGAUUGUGGGCGCCGCCCCGCUGCCCGAAUGAACAAGAGGAUCCUGGGUGGUCGGACAAGUCGCCCUGGAAGGUGGCCAUGGCAGUGUUCCCUGCAGAGUGAACCCAGUGGACACAUUUGUGGCUGUGUUCUCAUCGCCAAAAAGUGGGUUCUGACAGUCGCUCACUGCUUUGAGGGGAGAGAAAAUGCUGCUAUUUGGAAAGUCGUGCUGGGCAUCAACAAUUUAGACCAUCCCUCGACGUUCAUGCAGACGUACCACGUGAAGACCAUCAUCCUGCACCCUCGUUAUAGUCGAGCGGUGGUGGACUAUGACAUCAGCAUAGUGGAAUUGAGUGAAGACAUCAAUGAGACAAGCUACGUUCGACCAGUCUGCUUACCCACUGCAGAGCAGUGGGUAGAACCUGAUACCUACUGCUAUAUUACUGGCUGGGGACACAUGGGCAACAAAAUGCCUUUUAAACUGCAAGAGGGAGAAGUCCGCAUUAUUUCUCUGGAACAGUGCCAGUCCUAUUUUGACAUGAAGACCAUUACCACCCGGAUGAUAUGUGCUGGCUAUGAGUCUGGCACAGUGGACUCAUGCAUGGGUGACAGCGGUGGGCCUCUUGUUUGUGAGCAGCCUGGAGGACAGUGGACAUUAUUUGGUUUAACUUCAUGGGGCUCUGUCUGCUUUUCCAAAGUCCUGGGGCCUGGAGUUUAUAGCAAUGUGUCAUACUUCAUCAAAUGGAUUGAAAGACAAAUAUACAUCCACACCUUUCUCCUAAACUAAUUCCAAAGAUGAUCAGAGACUUGUCCAGCUACACUCAAAGAGAAUGGCCUUGUUGACUGUGGAGAUCUUCCUACAGAGAGCUGUUACAGAGAACUUUUCAGGGAUGGGAAUGCUUGAAAAUGCACUCCAAAUUUUCACGUUUAUUCUGGUCUAAUUUUAUUCAACUUCUCCGAAACUUUAUUUUUCUCUUAUUUCAAGUUUGGUAAAAUACUGUA